AUGUCUUUCGACGACGUCCCCGAGAACGUCGCCGCCGUCGUGUUUUCGCACCUCGGGAACGACCCGAUAGACCGCGUCAGGCUCGCCGCGGUGAGCAAGGUGUGGAGAAGCGCGGAGAAAGCGGACGCGUCGUUGCCCGUGGCUCCCGGUGAGUUGUUCAGCCUCGGUGAAGUGUGGUUUCGACAAUAUCCCCUAGAUGGUCAUCACCAGUCCAUGAAGGCGAUCUACUGGUGGAGUAAGGCGGCGGCGACUGGUGACGCCGACGCCAUGUGCGCGAUCGGAUCCUGCUACCGGGUAGGGGAAGGCGUGAAGCAAGACCACACGAAGGCGGUCGAGUGGUGGGAAAAAGCGUCCAGGCGUGGGCACGCCGACGCGACCCACAAGCUCGCGUGGUGCUAUAAAUACGGCACCGCCGUGGAGAGAGAUGGAGGAAAGGCACUCGAACUGUACUUAAAGGCGGUGGAGCUGGGUUCAGCAGAAGCCGCGUGGAAUCUGGGUGUUAUCUACAGAUACGGCAGGAGCGACGGCAUGGUGGCAGUGGACAAAAAAGAGGCACUCAAGUGGUACCGCGUCACGGCGGAGCGAGGCGGUAGCGAUACCGUCGCGAAAUCGAUUGUGGCCGAACUCGAGGCCGAGCUCGCGGCGGAGACGACGAACUGA